CUAAUAAUUUUCUCAUCCUUCUUCCAGUUGCAAGGAGUGUUGUAAGUGAUGUAACAAGAAGGUGGACGUAGCCGCUGCGUAAGCCUCGGCUGCCACAUCUCCAAAAUGGCCACCAUCACUCGGCCCGGGAGCCUCCGGAAUCCAGAGGUGGCCGACUUGUUUGAACGAGAGGAUCCUGACCGUGUUUUUGACGACUUGCGGGAAAUUGGCCAUGGCAGUUUCGGAGCAGUGUACUAUGCACGACAUGUUACAUCCAAGGAAGUGGUGGCUAUCAAGAAAAUGUCCUACAAUGGAAAACAAAGUGCAGAAAAGUGGCAAGACAUCCUGAAGGAGAUAAGGUUCUUGCGUAAUCUCCGUCACCCAAACACAGUAACCUAUAGAGGAUGCUACCUCAAGGAAUCUACAGUAUGGUUGGUAAUGGAAUACUGCUUAGGAUCGGCUUCAGACAUCAUAGAAGUUCACCGUCAACCCCUUAGAGAAGAAGAAAUCAGUGCCAUUUGCGAAGGCUGUCUCUCUGGCCUUGCAUAUCUGCAUUCUUUGGGGAAAAUUCACCGUGAUGUCAAAGCUGGAAAUAUUCUACUUACUGAAAAUGGCACCGUCAAACUGGCUGACUUUGGUAGUGCAAGUAUUGCAUCACCGGCCAAUAGUUUUGUCGGGACACCAUAUUGGAUGGCUCCAGAGGUAAUUCUAGCUAUGGAUGAAGGACAAUAUGAUGGAAAGGUAGAUGUGUGGUCCUUAGGCAUCACAUGCAUAGAACUAGCUGAGCGCAAACCGCCCUAUUUCAACAUGAAUGCCAUGAGUGCCUUGUACCACAUCGCCCAAAAUGUUGCCCCCAAAAUGUCCUCCCCAGAAUGGUCAAAGGAAUUCCAGCAUUUUGUUGAGUCAUGUCUGCAGAAGAACCCACCUGAUCGCCCUACCUCUGCUAGGCUUUUGUCGGUAGGUACAGAGUGCAAUUGGAAUUUGUUACGGACGCUUUUGAUUCAGAUUGAAAAGUGGGAAUUAUAGGUACAAGUGAUAGAGACAGUCAGAGGAGUCUUAGUCCACACAUAAAUGAUAUAUGAAAGCAAUGGCAGAAGAAAGGUUCACAAAGUCACAUGUAGUAAUAAGUUCUCUGUGACUCAGGGGGUCUCCUUUGUAAAUAGUAAUAAUUGUUGGAAUAGUUUUGUUACAUUGCUCCAUUAUGACUGUCUGUUAAUCCACUGAUGACAAGAGGUAACCAAGUGAAUAACUGUUAAGUAUUUCAACCAUUUCAACCUGACACAAAUGGGGUAAUGGUGGCAGAUUUUGAAAUUCCCUUCCUGUUUUCUUGUAGCAUGUUUGCCAUUUUAUUUUACUUCUGUAUUUACUUAGUUAUUAGUUUAUUUAUUUAUUUAUUUAUUUUUGUCACAAAUGGAUACAUCUCUCAUUUUUUCAAAAUUAAAAAAAUAUGUCACUGACAUGCUCAUAUUGUUAUACAUUUUGUAAUGACAAUGACAACAAUAUCAUAGUAAUGUGCAUACUUAAGGCAUAGUUGUUUGUUUGAUUCAGGGAAAUAAUUGCUGGUUACAUUAAGACCAUGCACAGAAGACUUGAGAUAAUCCAAUCUAGGAAAUGUUAGAGGUGGGAGAUGUGUCCAAAUAAAAUACCCAUGAUAACCAUAGACGCAGACCACUCAGCAAAACAAAUCUAGGACAAGCCAAAAUAUGUGAAGGUUCCUUCUUACAUGUUGAGAACAUGUAAACAGUGGGGUAACUGAUUGGCUAUGGGUUAAGAUGACGGUGCUGUUAAUUGCCAAGAGUGGGAAUAGUAGCUGGCUCCUAUGUGGCACAUGUUCUCUGGCUCAUUGAUAGGACAUUAACCCCAUUUUGUGUUUGAGCAUCGUCAGACAUUUGUACAUAGACUCAUAUCCACCACUCUCUACCA